AUGGAGCGCGGGAUGGUUUGUGAGUUGGGCAUUUGGGGUUUAAUCAGUGUGUGUGAGAGUCAAAUAGGGCGCGGCUAUGCUGAUUGUGAGGAAUUUGGUAGCACCUCUAUCACGGUUUUAAAACUAGAGCGCUGCCGCCCCAGCAUAUAUAAUAUGGACGAAGAAAAUGUUGUUGAGCUGCUGCAACGUUAUCGCCGUGACCGUCAAGUAUUACUCAACUACAUUCUUUCUGGCAACUUGAUCAAGAAAGUUGUAAUGCCACCUGGUGCAAUCUCUUUGGAUGAUGUAGAUAUAGAUCAAGUCAGUGUUGAUUAUGUCCUCAACUGUGCUAAGAAAGGUGAACCUCUUGACCUUGGAGAUGCCAUCCGCCUUUUUCAUGAUAGCCUUGAUUAUCCAUAUGUGAAUAACACUGGAGCUGUAGAGGAGUUCUAUUUGCUUACAAAACCAGAAUAUUCAGGACCAGCUCCAACAAGAGAACCACCACCUAUCCCAUCCACUGCAUCAUCACCAGUUGUGAUACCACCACCGGAUGUGGAACCAGCACCAGUUAUUGUGUCAUCGCCAGUCGCAGCUACCAACUUGACAAAAUCACAAUCAUUUGAUUCUCCGACCGAGAAGGAAUUAACUAUAGAUGACAUUGAAGACUUUGAGGAUGAUGAAGAUGAAUUUGAUGGUCGAAGGGCUUCUAGAAGACAUCAAACUGAUGCCAGUGAUCUAUUGUUGCGGUUACCACUAUUUGAAACAGGUAUCACAGAUGAUGAUCUUCGUGAGACAGCAUAUGAGAUCCUUGUUGCUGCUGCUGGUGCUUCAGGGGGUCUUAUAGUUCCUCAGAAAGAAAAGAAAAAAGAGAAGAGGCACAGAUUAAUGAGGAAAUUCGGUCGUAGUAAGAGUGAAAGUGUGGAUACCAACACUCAACGUCAACCUGGUUUAGUUGGUUUGCUUGAAACCAUGCGAGCUCAACUUGAGAUAACAGAGUCCAUGGAUAUUCGAACUAGGCAAGGAUUACUCAAUGCUAUGGUUGGCAAAGUUGGAAAACGGAUGGACAAUCUUUUGAUUCCAUUGGAACUAUUAUGCUGCAUAUCCAGAGCUGAAUUUUCUGACAUGAAAGCAUACCUUCGUUGGCAGAAGAGACAGUUAAACAUGCUGGAGGAAGGCCUCAUAAACCAUCCAGUUGUUGGAUUUGGGGAGUUAGGUCGAAAAGUCAAUGAGCUAAGGAGCCUUUUUAGAAAGAUUGAAGAAUCCGAGUCCUUGCCACCAUCUGCUGCGGAGGUUCAACGCACAGAAUGCUUAAGAUCACUGAGAGAAGUUGCCACUUCUCUAUCUGAAAGGCCUGCCCGGGGUGAUCUUACUGGUGAGGUUUGUCACUGGGCUGAUGGAUACCAUCUGAAUGUAGCAUUGUAUGAGAAGAUGCUUGGCAGUGUUUUUGACAUCUUGGAUGAGGGGAAACUUACAGAGGAGGCAGAGGAAAUCCUUGAACUCUUGAAGUCAACUUGGCGGAUACUAGGAAUCACAGAGACUGUUCAUGAUACAUGCUAUGCAUGGGUAUUAUUUCGACAGUUUGUUCUUACAGGUGAACAAGGACUUCUGAAAGUUGUGAUUGGCCAUUUGAGGAAGAUACCUUUGAAAGAACAGCGUGGUCCGCAGGAAAGAUUACACUUGAAAAUCCUGCGUAGUUCUGUUGAUGCUGAGGGUAGCUAUCAAGACUUCACAUUUUUCCAGUCUUUCCUGUCUCCAAUUCAGAAAUGGGUGGACAAGAAACUAAAUGACUAUCACCUACAUUUCUCCGAGGGCCCUAGCUUGAUGGCUGAUGUUGUGACAGUGGCAAUGAUGACAAGGCGGAUCCUUUGUGAAGAAAAUGACAAGGCACUGGAGUCUCCUGACAGAGAUCAGAUUGACCGUUACAUCACUUCUUCAGUCAAAAGUGCUUUCUUGAAGAUGGCACAUUCUGUAGAGUUCAAAGCAGAUUCUACACAUGAACAUGUUUUAGCGUCUCUAGCUGAGGAGACAAAGAAACUUCUGAAGAAAGAUACAACCAUUUUUACACCUGUUUUGACAAAAUGGCAUCCACAGGCAGCAGUUGUUUCUGCUUCUCUCAUCCAUAAACUUUAUGGAAAUAAAUUGAGACCAUUCCUUAAGCAUGCUGAGCAUCUUACGGAGGACGUGGUUUCUGUAUUUCCGGCAGCUGAUGCUUUGGAGCAAUACAUAAUGUCUGUGAUGACCUCUGUUACUGGAGAUGAUGGUUUGGAUAGCAUAUUCAGACAUAAGCUAGCUCCAUAUCAGAUUGAAAGUGAAUCUGGUACAUUAGUUUUACGCUGGGUGAAUGGGCAACUUGAGAGAAUUGAAACUUGGGUUAAAAGGGCUGCUGACCAAGAGGUUUGGGACCCUAUAUCCCCUCAACAACGCCAUGGGAAUUCUAUUGUAGAAGUCUAUAGAAUCAUAGAAGAGACUGCAGAUCAAUUUUUUGCAUUUAAGGUUCCUAUGCGAGAUGGAGAAUUAAAUAGUCUAUGCCGUGGUCUUGACAAGGCAUUCCAAGUUUAUACACAGCUUGUCACUGCACCCCUAGUUGAUAAAGAAGAUUUAGCUCCGCCUGUUCCUGUUCUUACUCGAUAUAAAAAGGAGCUUGGAAUCAAGGCUUUUGUAAAAAAGGAGGUCCAAGAAGUAAGAACAGUUGAUGAGAGGAAAGCUAGUGAAAUUACUCAGCUUACAAUGCCAAAGCUGUGUGUACGGCUUAACAGUCUAUAUUAUGGUAUCAGCCAGUUGAGUAAGUUGGAGGACAGCAUUAAUGAGAGGUGGGCUCGGAAGAAAAGUGAAAACACUAACAUCAGACGAACAACAAGUGAAAAGUCAAAGAGUGCCGUCCCUAAUCAGAAAAAUCAAUUUGAUGGCAGUAGAAAAGAAAUCAAUACUGCUAUUGAUCGUCUGUGUGAAUUUACUGGGACAAAGGUUAUAUUCUGGGACCUGCAGCAGCCAUUUAUUGAGAAUUUAUACAGAAAUGGUGUUUCUCAAGCUCGAUUGGACACCAUAACAGAAGUGCUUGAUUUGGUCCUUAAUCAACUUUGUGAUGUCAUUGUGGAACAACUGAGGGAUCGUGUGGUUACAGGGCUUCUGCAAGCAUCCCUGGAUGGCUUACUUCGUGUGAUACUGGAUGGAGGUUCUACACGUGUCUUCUCUCCAAAUGAUGCAGCUUUUUUGGAGGAAGAUCUUGAAACCCUGAAGGAAUUUUUUAUUUCUGGUGGAGAUGGACUGCCUCGGGGAACUGUUGAAAACUUGGUCUCGCGUGUACGUCCUGUAAUAAAUCUGAUCAAGCAAGAGACCCGUGUGCUUAUUGAUGACCUACGAGAAGUUACUCAAGGGGGCAAAAGCAAAUUUGAAGCGGACUCCAAAACUCUUCUUAGGGUCCUGUGUCACAGAAAUGAUUCAGAGGCAUCACAUUAUGUAAAGAAGCAAUUCAAGAUACCCAGUUCAGCUCCGAGCGCUUGA